UUCAUAAGUUGAUAAUAAAAAUUAUAAUUGGAUUGUAAAAAAAAUAAUGGCUCGUUCAAAUAAAAGUAAAUGAGAAAUGAGGACCGCUGAUCAUAGAACCACUGUUUGAGAACGUCCGAAAUAAACAACGCAUGCUCAAACAUCAACACACGAAUAAAAAAAACUUUUCAAACGUUAUGUUAAGAUCCACGUGCGUUUUGAUUUAAAUGUAAAUAGAAAGCCCCUGUUUCGAUUACCUGAACCGUACCAAAAAGAUGUCCUUUAAAUUUGGAAAGAAAGGGAAAAAUCCAGGCGCUGUGGAUAAUUGGCUCGAUACUUUAGGCUACUAUAGAAAAAACAUAGCUUAUGAUGAAACAUGCUUAUUUCGAGCAGUGUCUGAACAAUUGUAUUUCUCGCAAAUGUAUCACGAAAGAAUACGGAAAGAGUGUAUAGAAUAUGCCAAAGACAAUUUCGACAAAUUUGCUGACUUAGUUAAGAAUGAAAUGGAAUGGUACGACCACCUCCAAAAACUCAAGAUACACAUGGUUGUUUGUGAUAACAUUGAGAUCCAAAUUAUUAGCAAGCUUUACAAACGUGAAGUGCUAGUCUUUGAUGGUAUACGUUUGAGAGUUCAGGACGUUACUAACAAUAGAUAUUCAGGGACGUUGUUGCUUUGUAAAACUAACGAAGACCAUUACGACGUUGUCUAUAAGAGAGAAUACAUUAUGACAGCUGGUUUCUGUCAGUCUAUAGUAUACAGUAUUUUGUACGAGAACGUAUUCAAAAUCGAAAACGUUUCUGCCAUAGUCAAUUCGAUGCUUUACGAUAAAAACGCAUUUGCACUUGCGUUAAACAACUCAGAAUAUUCAAGUGAAGAUGGCAAACAGACCAAAUUACAAGGCAGGUGCCAUUCGGACAAUGAGGGACCGAAUGAACUUAAAAGAGAUCGUGAUAUCGAUGAAAAUGACGAGGAGAAGGGUGGCAGGGGCCCAUUAGACCUGCUCUUGGCCCCAUUCCCAUUCAAAGUGGCAAAGGCAUUGGAUCCCACUAUUUACAGAAACAUAGAAUACGAUACGUGGAUCGAAGUGCGUAGAGAGUUACGUUUAGGCGAAUGGUACAAUGGAGAUAACAAGUUGAUACUAGGGACUCGUUGCAUACUUCGUCUGAACGGCCAGGACUUGUCGUGCUACAUCCAGGAGCACAUAAAAAACGAAGACAAAUGCGUGGUAUACGUGACGAGCUUGGCCGAAUUUCGUACGGUUUUAUACACAGAUUUGAGGGCAGAAGACGACGCGAAACCGUGGCCUUUGCCCUAUCGUUUCUCGAGAAAUCUCAUCACGUACCCUACCCCCUUGCAGUUGCCCAGCAAGGAGUACAGGAACGCGAAAAAGCGCAAGGAAAAGAAACGCAACAAGUCUUUGAGCGAGAGCAGCACGCAGUCGGGCGUAGCCGUCAGUAACACGUCCGAAAACGUCGGAGAAGUCAAUGUGAGCGCUUACGAAGGGUGUCCUUUGCAAAUGAAAGACGAGAAAGAAACUCUCGUUGUCGACGCUAGUCCUCCUAGUCAAAUGGAACAUACGCCGGUGCAACAGGAACCUGAAGUGCAAUGGAUGAACGAAUGGGGGCCCAUCGCUUACGCCUCCGAUCCUACCAUGUGGCCGCAGUCACCCAACAAUCCCCAAAGUCCCCAUCCUUACAGUUAUAAACCUGUCGUUCCCGUUUUCACGUAUCCAGAACCUCCCCAGAACAUCCAGUAUUAUUACAAUUACCCGGUGGAGAGCUACAGCCCUUGGCCGACUCCGGAAGUGAUGCCCUCCGACAUCAAUUACAUUCCCUGCGAGAAUCCCGAAGAGGUGCAAACAAUACCAGACAGCUACUCCUCCUCAAGUUAA